AUGGAUACUGCCCCAAGAAUAACGAAUAACUCAGAGUUUCAAGUAUCUGAAUUCAUCCUGAUGGGGCUCCCAGGCAUUCAUGAGUGGCAGCACUGGCUCUCACUGCCCCUGGCUCUGCUCUACCUAUUAGCUCUGGCUGCCAACAUGCUCAUCAUGAUGACCAUUCAACAUGAGCCCAGGCUACAUGAGCCCAUGUACCAUUUUCUAGGUGUACUGGCAGUGGUGGACAUUGGCCUGGCCACAACCAUCAUGCCCAAGAUCUUGGCCAUCUUUUGGUUUGAUGCCAAGGCCAUCAGCCUCCCUGAGUGUUUUGCUCAGAUCUAUGCCAUCCACUCUUUUAUGUGCAUGGAGUCAGGCAUCUUUCUCUGCAUGGCAGUGGAUAGAUAUGUAGCUAUUUGUUACCCACUUCAGUAUCCCUCCAUAGUCACCAAAGCUUUUGUGAUCAAAACUACACUGUCCAUGAUGUUCAGGAAUGGCCUUUUGACCAUUCCAGUGCCUACACUGGCUGCCCUGCGACACUACUGCUCCAGGAAUGAGAUUAACCAUUGCCUGUGCUCUAACUUGGGGGUCACCAGUCUGGCCUGUGAUGACAUAACCAUUAACAGGUUUUACCAGUUGGCCUUGGUCUGGAUUGUUGUUGGGAGUGACAUGGGUCUGGUCUUUGCUUCCUAUGCUUUGAUUAUUCGCUCUGUUCUGAGACUGAACUCGUCUGAGGCAACAUCAAAGGCCCUGAAUACCUGCAGCUCCCAUCUCAUUCUCAUUCUUUUUUUCUAUACAGCUAUUAUUGUAGUGUCUGUCACUCACCUGGCAGGAAGAAGGGUUCCCCUCAUCCCUGUUCUCCUCAAUGUGCUACAUAUUGUCAUCCCCCCAGCCCUUAACCCCAUGGUAUAUGCCCUUAGGACCCAGGAACUGAGAGUGGCUUUCCAGAAGCUUCUUGGUUUAGGUGAGUAUGUAUCCAGGAAGUGA